GGCGGCCACUGCGCAGAUUAGACUUCGCUCGCUCAUGCACCUCGCUCCGUUUCCUCUGCAACCAUGUCUGACAAACCCAAUAUGGCUGAGAUUGAGAAAUUCGAUAAGUCGAAAUUGAAGAAGACAGAAACGCAAGAGAAAAAUCCGCUGCCUUCAAAAGAAACGAUUGAGCAGAAGAAGCAAGCAGGCGAAUCGUAAUGAGGCGUGCGCCGCCAAAAUGCACUGUACAUUCCACAAGCAUUGCCUUCUUAUUUUACUUCUUUUAGCUGUUUAACUUUGUAAGAUGCAAAGAGGUUGGAUCGAGUUUAAAUGACUGUGCUGCCCCUUUUCACAUCAAAGAAUUGAGAACUACUGACUACGAAUGCCAAGCCUUUCACCUCUGCCUGUCUGGCUGGCAGCAAAGGAAAAGAACUUGCUUUUGAAAGAAGAUGGGUAGAGAUGACCAUUGCUGGUCCAAGGUGACCUGCAGGCUGUGAAAUGUAGUUUAAUCACAGUGCCAGUUUUUUCUUCACAUGAUUUUAAUUAUUGGAAUGUACAAUUUUUUAAUAUGCAAAUAAAAAGUUUGAAAUGUGAAAAAAAAAAAAA